AUGUUCAAGAACAAGUCUGGCUUGACGAAGCACACCUGCACACAACAUUCAAGAGCAACUUGCAACCGCCAAAAAUUUCACCAACCAGCACCUAGAGUUCGUUCCCCUAGUUCUGAAGCAAGGUCUGACUAUGACCAUCUGGACUUUGGACUAAAAUGUGAUGCUGAGGGUAAUCUUAUUGAUCAGAAUGCACCUCCACCACCCCAAACUGACACUUCGCCGGACAAUUGGACUCCAUAUGAAAGCCAUAUUGCAUUUGAAAUGGCCGAAUUUCUUUUCUCGUGGAAUCAAACAUCUGCAAAGCAAAUUGACACUCUUCUUGACUUAUGGACAGCAUCAUUGAUCAAGCAUAAUGACGCUCCACCAUUCACAGGUCAUCAUGACUUAUACAACACUAUCGAUGCAACACCACUUGGCGAUAUUCCAUGGGAGACAUUCACCAUGUCCUACAAUGGUGCCAAAUCACUGCAUGACAUACCACCAUGGAUGGAUGCGACUUAUGAUGUUUGGUUUCGGGACCCUCGCCUCCUUUUGCAUGACAUGCUUGGGAACCCCGAUUUCGAUGGGCAAAUGGAAUAUGUCCCACAUCGGGACUACAGCACAGAAGAUACCCGAUGCUUCAAGAACUUUUUUUCCAGCGACUGGGCAUGGGACCAAGCAGAUAUUAUUGCUCAAAAUGAAGCAAAUCACGGAUCAACUUUCGUGCUGCUGAUCAUCAGUAGCGACAAGAUGACAGUUUCGGUAGCCACAGGACAUACCAAAUAUCACCUGCUCUAUAUGUCCAUAGGCAACAUAUCCAAUAGUACACGACAUGCACAUCGUAAUGGUGUAGUUUUGGUGGGUUUCCUCACCAUCCCAAAAACUAUGAAGGAACAUGCCGGUGAUACAGCUUACCGCAACUUUCGACGACAGAUGUUUCAUAGCUCCCUUGUCAAAAUCUUUGAGGCCAUCAAACCUUACAUGGACACCCCCAAUGUCGCUCACUUCCCUGAUGGACAUUUUUGCAGGGUUAUAUAUGGACUGGGUCCCUACAUUGCUGACUAUCCAGAGCAGGCACUGCUGUCUGGGGUAGUCCAGGGAUGGUGUCCAAAGUGCCUUGCUGACCGGAGAGACUUAGACGGUGACGAACCAUGCUUGUGCCGGUGCGAGAAACACAGGGAGCUUCUCGUCGAAGAGCUCGAGUAUGGAAAGCUAUGGGAGGAAUAUGGUAUUGUCGGUGAUGUUGUGCCCUUUACGAAUGACUACCCUCAAGCUGACAUUCAUGAACUGAUUUCACCAGACAUUCUCCACCAAAUUAUUGAAGGCGCUUUUAAAGAUCAUCUGGUGGAUUGGGUUGAGUCUUACCUCAAGAUCACACAUGGUGCAUCCCAUGCUGCACAGAUCAUGGAUGACAUUGACAAUAGAAUUGCAGCUGUUUCUUCAUUUGCAGGUUUACGACGAUUUCCGGAAGGACAUGGAUUUAAACAAUGGACCGGCGAUGAUUCAAAGGCACUGAUGAAGGUCUACCUUCCUGCUAUCAGGGGUCAUGUCCCUGAUGAUGUAGUACGCACCUUCAGUGCUUUCCUGGACUUUUGCUACAUUGUUCGACGCAACACACUUACUGAGGACGACCUCUUACAACUUCAGGACGCACUUGAUUGGUUCCACAGAUACCGAGAAAUCUUCAAGACAACUGGUGUCACCCUGUCUUUCUCCCUGCCGCGCCAGCACUCAUUAAACCACUAUUUACUUCUUAUCCGGCAAUUUGGGGCCCCCAAUGGGAUUUGUUCUUCAAUCAUGGAGUCAAAGCAUAUCAAGGCUGUCAAGGAGCCUUGGUGCCGCUCAAGCCGGUUCAAAGCGCUUGGGCAGAUGCCUAUUGAGGGUGAAGUCAGUGAAACAUUUGAUGGACCUGCAGUAGAGGCAUAUGUUGACCUUGCAGCAACACCUUGCUGUCAAUGUGAUGUUGGUACACUUGGCGACGAACUUGAGCUCCCCAAUUUUCAGCAACUGAUCCAGGAAUUUAUUCAUGAUCAAGCUCAUGCUGCCGACCCCAACCCUCCUGUAUUUGACUCUGCAUCAGCACCAUUAUUCUUGGGGAAAGUCUUGAUUUUCAAUUCCGCAACUGCCUCAUUCUAUGCACCUAGUGAUCUUAGCAGCACUGGAGGUAUGCGACGUGAGCAUAUCCAUGCGGUGUCCUCUUGGCGUGGAGGUGCACCUCGACAUGAUUGUGUCUUUGUCAACAUGAAUACAGAUACAGAUAUUAUGAAUGGUCUUGCGGUUGCACAAGUGCUUUGUUUUUUUUCUUUCAGCAAUCGCACAUCUUUUUUUCAAUGUGCUGUCGUUCGGUGGUUCUCGCAUGUCCUCGGCGCACGUGAUCUGGAUACUGGAAUGUAUGUUGUUGCUCCCACAACACUUGAGGACAACACACCAGAUAUUUCCAUCAUUCAUAUUGAUUGCAUUUUCCGUGCAGUGCAUCUUAUUCCAGUAUAUGGCUCAAACAUUUUACCUUGCGCGAUUACUUCACACGAUUCUUAUGAUGUCUUUUACUCUUACUUUGUCAGCAAGUAUGCUGAUCACCACACAUUCGAGAUUGCAUAA